UUUUUUAACUUGGAAGUGGGACUGAAAGCGUUCUGAAAUGGCGAACCGUACUGUGAAGGAUGCUCAUAGCAUCCAUGGCACCAACCCUCAGUAUCUGGUGGAGAAGAUCAUUCGGACGCGAAUCUACGAGUCUAAGUACUGGAAAGAAGAGUGCUUUGGGCUUACAGCUGAACUUGUAGUGGAUAAAGCCAUGGAGUUGAGGUUUGUCGGUGGCGUCUUAGGUGGAAACAUAAAACCAACUCCCUUUCUGUGUUUAACCUUGAAGAUGCUUCAGAUUCAACCUGAGAAGGAUAUCAUUGUUGAAUUUAUUAAAAAUGAAGAUUUCAAGUAUGUUCGUAUGUUGGGGGCACUUUACAUGAGGCUGACGGGCACCGCAAUUGAUUGCUACAAGUAUUUGGAGCCUUUGUACAAUGACUAUCGAAAAAUCAAAAGCCAGAACCGAAAUGGAGAAUUUGAACUAAUGCAUGUAGAUGAGUUCAUUGAUGAACUACUGCACAGUGAGAGAGUCUGUGAUAUUAUUCUUCCUCGGCUACAGAAACGCUAUGUGCUUGAGGAGGCUGAGCAGCUGGAACCUCGAGUGAGUCUUCUAGAAGACAUGGAUGAUGUGCAAUCCAGUGAAGAGGAGGAAGAAGAAGAUGAGAAGCUGGAAAGAGUGCCAUCACCUGAUCACCGUCGGAGAAGUUACCGAGACCUAGACAAGCCCCGGCAUGCUCCUAGACUGUGCUACAGGAGGAGCAGGAGUCAGUCACCCAGAAGGCGGAGUCCAUCACUCAAAAGAAGAAGCCCCUCUCCUUGCCAAGAAAGACAUCGGAGAAAGAGUCCAAGACGUCACCGAAGCAGGUCCCGAGAUCGUAGGCACAGAUCUCGCCCCAAAUCUCCUGGUCAUCACCGUAGUCACAGACAUAGGAGCCACUCAAAGUCUCCAGAAAGGUCCAAGAAGAGCCAUAGGAAGAGCAGGAGGGGGAAUGAGUAAUGGACUCAGUUCGGUUUUAAUCCAAUGGGCUCCUGUGGAUAUGAGUUGAUCUGUGAAAAUGGAAAGAUCAAGAUCUACUCUCCAGGCAGCUAUAAGAAUUUUGGUUUUCUCUUACCAAGUUUUU